CUGACAUGGUUAGAGCGUCCCCCAAAUUUCAAGUCAGUUUUUGGUUCUGAAGCUCAAACAGUUCUCGGCAUGCCUCGACAGGCCUCCAGUCAAGGCUGGGCAACUUUGGCACAAGUUGUGUCGAAGCAAAACAAAGGUAGACUCUCACUAAACACCAAAUCUAUGCGCGAGCGUUUCCAUCGACAUCUUAAGCUUUUUACAGAAACUAAAAAGUUGGAAAACCAGACAGGAUUUGGUGUGACUGACGAGGAUCACAAAAAAGGGAUCUACACAACUAAGCAGAAGCUCGAAAAGAUGUGCAUCUGCUACGCGAGAAUGGAUGCUCUCUUUGGUCAUAGGUUAAAUAUCACUCCUCUGUUC